AUGAUUUUAUGGCGGGUCGCGGACACCAAAGACGCGUGCCUGCCGUUAUCCAAAAAGUCCCUCCUGCUCUCCGGGCAGGUCCGCGAGGCCGCCUGGUUGGCGAUUCCGUCCUCGCGGCCGGUCGACGUCUUUUCCUUCGCCGCUCCGACGACGGACGACGCGUCCUAUCCCUUUCUCCUCUUAACCUACGUCGCCCCUGGGCGUGGGGCGGAGUUGUUCGAUUUCUCCCGCCCGCAAGUCCUCCGGCGCUUCGACCUGGCGUCUGCGGCGGCGUUGGUGCGGUCCUUCACCUGCUCCGACGAUCACACGCGCGUGGCCCUCGCGACCUCCGACGGGGCGGUCUUGAUUUAUCCCUUGCAGGGAGAAGGGAUGGGUUCCUUGGGCGAUCCGGAGGCUUCGGAGCCGACGGCGGGCUCGCAUGACGAGCCCGCCCAACGGGAAACCCUGCCAGUGGAGACGGUAUCGCCUGUUUUUAGUAUUAAGGUCUUUGAUUGCCCUCCACCUAGCUCGCUGCAAGCGUUUUGGGGGAUCGCUUUCUACGAGGGAAGCUCCGCGCUACUAACGCUGGGAAAUGGGGUGGAGCUCAAGUACUGGGAACUUCCCGAUCUGGAUAGUUAUGCAAAGACCGAUUUGACAGGUUCCAUAAAUAGCAAUCAGGACAACGACAAUACCGAACAGAGCUGUCAAAUCAUUUCCAAACCACACGGACAAAUUCUUCUUCCUCGCCCCGCGAGGUGUUGGUCUACGACAUCAAUAAGAGGUAUCGAAAAGGGCAUGGAUACGUCGAAUACUACCCCAUCAGAGGAGGACAUCAAAGGUAGUAUUGCCAUUGGCGAUGAAAAAGGCCACGUAAUGGUUUUGAGCAUCUGGAAGCCGUAG